UUUAAUAAGGUAGAAUAAAAUUGAAGUGUGAAUUGUAUUGUAUUAUCCAAAACGCAAAGCAGAGAAAGCAUGGCGAACACAACCUCAUCACCACCGUCUCUGCAACCACUGUUCCCGCUAUCUUCCUCCAAACCUCAUCCUCAUCAUCUCCACAAGCCUUUCCUCCACUUCACCACCCGAGCCACCGGAUCCGAAACACCACCCUCCGAUUCCGACAACGAACCACCCGCGCCCGCUGCCGAUGACGACUUCGACGGCCGCAUCAACCAAAUCCGCCUCCGUUACCGGAGCGGGACGGGGAAGAAGGCGGAGAUACGAAAAGGCAGGAAGUCAAAGAAGGGGACGACGGCGGCCAGCGUGUACUUGCCGCCGGUGCCACUGAAAGAAGCGGUUUCCGACGGGUUGAAGGUGGAGCUGGGGUUCAGCGAGUACAGUGAGCGGUUGAACGGACGCAUUGCGAUCCUUGGUUUGACGGCGUUGUUGCUGGUGGAGCUGGCGACGGGGAAGGGUGUGAUCAACUACCACACACCGUCGAUAAUCCUUAUCCAGGUGUAUUUUGUGGCUGCAGUUUGUGCAAUCUAUGUCAAGCUUCAGAAGGAGAAGAUCAGUGUUUGGCCUGAUUCUUCAACCAACCAGUGAUUUUUCAUGUGUUUCUUGUUAAUUAUAAAUUAAUUAACUUUGUUGAGCUUCAAUGCACACAUUGAAAAUGUACCCAUGUUCCUGUUCAAAGCUAUAUAAUUGCAUUUUCUUAUGGAAGUUAGCUUUUGCUUCUUUUAGAAAA